AUGCCGCCUCGAUCUUCCUUAACUUCUUCGUUCUCGAUAACCGACUCAAAUAAUGAAGUCGUAUGUCCUUUGCGAAAUCAGGAUGGCUCUAGCUGUCGCAAACGCUGCAUUGGUGAAAAGAGAUAUCGUUCCAUGCAGGAGCAUAUUCGACGGGCGCAUCCUGAGCAUUAUAUUUCGAAGCUCCCUGCGACCGAAGAGAGCUUUCUACUUAUGAUUAAUACCCCUCCUUCUGAUCGAUCUCAGCUUCAAAACUCUACCGGUCCGCCCCCAGUAAACCUCGAUCCGAGUAGGGGCUACCCGCACGAGCGUCAUGCAUAUCCUCGAGAUGGGUCUAGUGCUCCCGGCACUCCGAGGCACAAUGACGAGUAUAACGGCGGUUCAUUACUGCCAGCCGCAAGUGCUGCAGCCGCUCUCGCCCAACUAGGUGGUCAGCAUAAGUAUGAGAAUGAAUGGGAAGAAACAGGCUGGCAGUCUGACAAUGAUGGCCGAAGAAUACCUAGGAGCACAAUUGAAUUACCACCAAUACAUAUAGGACAUGAUCCAACCAGUGAACCAUUUCCUUCCCUGAACUCUGGACCACGUAGAGAUUUGCUUCCGUCAAUUCUUUCAAAUUCUCCGCCGGGACGGUCGUCGACUCUUCCUCCACUUCAGAGAUCACUCAAUCCUAACCGGCCUAGGAAACAGUCCAUUACUAAACGCGGCCACAAAAAGCAAAAAUCUAAGGGAUCAGCAGCAGACUGGCUCCGCAGAAUUCAGAAUGACGAGCGUCUCAAGCCCGGAGGGGUUGAUCGCAAAGCUCACUCUGUCGAGCCCACAGCCGACUAUGGUAAACGGUGGGAAGAUCUCAUCGAUGCCGCAGCCUCGGCUACGGAAGAGGUCGAUGAAGAUAGGACACCCGUAAGUAGUGCCCGGCACACGUAUUUUCCUUCUCUAACCUCUCAGGUCCCCCAAUCUCCUAUAUCAAUACACCGAGCCUCUCUACCCCCUUUCCCUCAUCAGCACUUUCAAGGCUACCAAGCCUCUCCUCUACAACAAGCUCUUACUCCACCGUCCUUUGCCCAAGAGAUUCCAGAACCUUUCCCGUCCGUCGAGAGUGGCGAGAGCGGAGAAAAUUUUCACAUUGGAGCCUCUGGUCUCUCAGAUUCAUCGCCAGUUUACUCGUCUCAAGAAGUGCACAUUUAUUGCGCUGCGUGCCAGAGAACAUCCAAGCUCCGCGAAUCUUAUGCAUGUACGGAGUGCAUCUGUGGGCUAUGUCGAGAUUGCGUCAAUAUCCUCAUGGAGGAGCAAGGAGCCCGUCGAAAGUGCCCACGAUGUGCUACCAUUGGUGGCAGGUUUAAGCCCUUCCAAUUGGAUAUCAGAUGA